AUGCCUCUGAGAAGGCAGCGCGCCGCGGUCGGCUCCCUUCAACAGUGGGACAGGACGAGGAUGGAUGGCGAAGAGAACAACGCUACUCCAUGCCCUCGCACAAAGCAGUCCCGCCUGUCCCGACGUCAGGCACGUCGCGGAGCUCCAUCAGCUCGUCCUCGACGGUCGUUUCAGCCCAGCAGCAUCACCAAAGACCACGAGGUGGCCAUCCAGCAUGGUCCCGCGCAAGCCUCGCUCUUUUACCUGCUCCGUGGCACGCCCGCCCUUUCUCCGAACAGGGAAGAAUCAAGCUCGAGUCCGGCGUGGUGUCGUGCCGGCGGCGCACUCGUGAGCCCGAACGCAUCACGCCAGCUUGCUUACCCGGCCCUUUCCAGCGAGACCACGCCGAUGGUCAGCAAGAGGAUGACGCGGUGGGGGCCAAGUCGCGAGAAGAGUAAAGGCUCGCUCUCCUUUCCUCCUCACCUCACGCCACUCUGUCACGCGGCUACAGCUCUGCCGGUUGGUCGCCACAACUCGAGCACGCCGAGUGCCUCUCAGCAAUAUCGUCGCAGCAAGGGUGCAUCGAGCGCAUGCUCGAGCCGGUUGGCCUCUCUUGGUCUUGGUAGCAGGUGUGUGCCUCUGCAUGGGAGGUCUGACCUACGAAGAGACGUGCCUGACCGCCAAAAACCUUUGCUUGAUACAAGAGGGAACCUGGCGUCCGCACUGGACGGAAGACUGUGGGCGCACCACAGGAAACUCACGGAGAACAUGGUGGUACUGUUGAGGAUGUCGGGAAGCAGCCUUGACCGCCGCGGAAGUGCAGACGAUGCCCAUGCAUCUACGAGAAUGCUGUACUCGUACAGGCAUAUUACCUCGUCGCCGCCCCAUUUGUGCCGCAGCGGCAAGGAAGGCGACAACGUGGCCCGCAGGCCGGGAGAGGAGACCGCCCGGCGCAUGCGUACUGGCAAGUACUUGCUGUACAGAUCCAAGGCCGUCACCGCCAAUAUUAUACAGACUACAGUUGCCGUCACAGCGUCACGGAUCCCCUCCUUUCUCAGACUCUCCCCUUUACUUCCCAUCCAGAACGCCACGGGAAUGCGGGAGUUUUGGUACUAUUGUUUGGCAUGUGGGGGAUCGUCCAGCUCAGUCAGGCUCGAGGGCCGAGACGAGUUUCCGCUACAGAGUCGCAGCAACUCGACAUCAUCACCAUAUACGUUACGUCACGGAUAG